AUGGCCUCCACGGAAAUCAUACUAGCAAAAAGAAUUAAGAAGGAGAAUGAAGAUUCUGAAGAAACUGAAGAAGUAGAACUUGAAGAAUUUGAGGUGGAGAAAAUAGUAGACCAGCGUGUAUUAGAUGGGCAGGUACAAUAUCUCCUGAAAUGGAAGGGUUAUUCAGAUGCUGAUAAUACCUGGGAACCAGAAGAGCAUUUAAAUUGCCCAGAGUUAUUGGAGGAUUUUCUAAAUUCUCAGAAAACUGUUUUAUGUAAGAGUGAAUCUGAUGAUAGCCCAUCAGACGAUGAAAGUGGUCCUGGUGACUGCCCAUUUUGCUUUUCUAGGAGGUCUGAACCUGAACAAAUAAUUAUUGCCACGAAAAAUGAUGAAAUACUAAUGCUCCUCAUGAAGUAUUAA